UCCAUUCUUAAGGCAAGGUCCUCACAUUGCGAUUGCCAUCUCGAACCGUGAGCUGUCCAACGGAACAGAUGUGAAGUUGAUGAGCGUUAGCUAGCACUCGUCUUUUUACGGUUUCAAAAUCUAUAGUUAUUUCUCGCCUGUACCGUGCGUGGUGAAGGCAGCGGGAGACCAUGGACGUGGUCCUGGGGUUAUUGUGCCUGUUCUCGGUGCUGGUGUCUGAGAUGUUCAUGGUGGCCGCGUUCUCCCAGAGCCUGGACAGCGACUUCACAUUUACACUCCCCGCCGGACGGAAGGAGUGCUUCUUCCAGACCAUGAAGAAGGACGCAUCGCUGGAGAUAGAAUAUCAGGUGCGAGGGGUUAUUAUCGGUUGAAAGUGUGAACCAAAAACGUGUACAUGAGUAGAUACAUUUGCUAGAACUCAUGGUGAGGGCAGCUUUGUGGACAGUCUACUAAUAAAAUCAAAUUGUAUUCGUCACAUGCUUCGUAAAUGCUUACUUACGGGCCCUUCCCACAAUGCAGAGAAAAAUAAAAUAAAUAAUAUAAGUAAAACACGUAAUAAUAAAUACACAAUGAGUAACGAUAACUUUGCUAUAUACACGGGGUACCAGUACCGAGUCCAUGUGCAGGGUUACGAGGUAAAUAUGUAGAUAUAACUAGGAAUAAAACGGACAGAUAAAACAGUAGCAGCAGCGUAUGUGAUGAGUCAAAGUUAUCGAAAAAAUGGUCAAUGCAGAUAGUCCAGGUAGCUAUUUGGUUAACUAUUUCACUAACAAUUUAGCAGUCUUAUGGCUUGGGGUAGAAGCUGUUCAGGGUCCUGUUGGUUCCAGACUUGGUGCAUCGGUACCGCUUGCGGUGUGGUAGUAGAGAGAACAAUUUGACUUGGGUGGCAAGAGUCUUUGACAAUUUUAAGGUCCUUCCUCUGACACCGCCUGGUAUAGAGGUCCUAGUUGGCAGGGAGCUAGGCCCCAGUGAUGUACUGGGCCAUAUGCACUACCCCCUGUAGCACCUUGGGGUCGGAUGACAAGCAGUUGCCAUACCAAGCGGUGAUGCAACCAGUUAAGAUGCUCUCAAUGGUGCAGCUGUAUAACUUUUUGAGGAUCUGGGGACCCAUGCCAAAUCUUUUCAGUCUCCCGAGGGGGAAAAGGCAUUGUCGUGCCCUCUUCACAACUUUCUUGAUGUGUUUGGACCAUGAUAGUUUGUUGGUGAUGUGGACACCAAGGAACUUGAAACUCUUGACCCGCUCCACUACAGCCCAGUCGAUGUGAAUGGGGGCAUGUUCGGCCCUCCUUUUCCUGUAGUCCAUGGCCAUCUCCUUUGUCUCGCUCACGUUGAGGGAGAGGUUGUUGUCCUGGCACCACACUGCCAGGUCUCUGACCUCCUCCCUAUAGGCUGUCUCAUCGUUGUCGGUGAUCAGGCCUACCACUGUUGUGUCGUCAGCAAACUUCAUAAUGGUGUUAGAGUCGUGCUUGGCCACGCAGUCGUGGGUGAACAGGGAGUACAGGAGGGGAUUAAGCACGCACCACUGAGGGGUCCAGUGUUGAGGAUCAGCGUGGCAGAUGUGUUGUGGCCAACCCUUACCACCUGGCGGCGGCCUGUCAGGAAGUCCAGGAUCCAGUUGCAGAGAGAGGUGUUUAGUCCCAGGGUCCUUAGCUUAGUGAUGAGCUUUGUGGGCACUAUGGUGUUGAACGCUGCGCUGUAGUCAAUGAACAGCAUUCUCACGUAGGUGUUCCUUUUGUCCAGGUGGAAAAGGUCAGUGUGGAGUGCAGUAUGACAUCUCUCAACAUAAAACUUUGGUAAAACCUCUUAUUUUCUUUGAAAUAGGCCUAUCUUAAUUAACAUUUUUGACAUUGAGGGAUUGUCAUACCAUCACUGUAGCCUACUUCUAAGUUCCCUAUUGUUGUGUCUACCACCAUAGACAAGCUAUCUCUGUGGCAUGCUGUAACACACCACUCUGCCCUUGGAGUGAAAACAAAACUUUGAUAAUGUCCUUAGUUUGUGGAGAUUCUAAGUUCUUCAUGGUCUCUGUUGAAUGUCUGUGUUUUUAAAUACUCUAAUAACUAGACAUUUGUAAUUCAGUUUGGAAACCCUGACAUUCUUUGCUCCUAAAUAACAGAGCAGACCGAGAUGUGGAAAUGCUGAAGGGCAUUACUAUAGUAGCAGAGUGAUGCUGAGACUCAGAUUUGUCACUUUAAAAUGUAUUCCAAACAAAACCAAUGAUUGCAAAGUUAAACAAACUAUACAUCUCUAUGCACAAUGACUACUUUUAACAAUUUCCACAGAACAUUUUACAAAAAUACUUUUACUUGAAGAACAGUGCAGAUGCAAAGUUUGGUAACAGAAUGACCGUUUGUGCCGUCAUUCUGUUACCAAAAUUUGCAUCUGCACUAUUCUUCAAGUAAAUGUGUUUUUGUAAAAUGUACAUUGGAAAUUGUUAAAACAAGUCCUUGUGCAUAGAGUUCUAUGUUUGCAAUCAUAGUUUUUUGUUUGAUAUUUUCAAAGUGAAAAACCAGUCUGUUACUGUGGAAUUGCCCUGAACUAAUGAUGCAACUAUAGAGAAACAGACACCAGGAAGGAACUGGUUUGUUCAUAUUGUGAAGCUCUCUGCUUGUUCUAAAACUUGUUCAACAGCAGCUCUCCUCAACAUGUCUCUCUUUUCACUCGUCUCUCCUCUCACCCAUCUUACCUGUCUCAUCUGUGUGUUCUCAGGUGUUGGACGGAGCAGGUCUGGACGUUGACUUCAGCCUGUCCUCUCCUACUGGACACGUUCUGUACAGCGACCAUCACAAGUCAGACGGAGUACACACGUAAGACACAAACAUACACACCACCACGCAAGUGUGGAAUACACACUCACAUGGGGGAGGACACACACUCUCGAUCUCUCUCUUUCACACUCUCCCGGUAUGUGUUUCCUUUAGUGUAGAGACGGAGGAUGGAGACUACAUGUUUUGUUUUGACAACUCGUUCUCGGCGGUGUCGGAAAAGAUCAUCUUCUUCGAGCUGAUCAUGGACAACAUGGAAAAGGAAGGGGAGGAGCCAGAGGACUGGAAGGAGUACAUCCACGGGACUGACAUGUUGGACAUGAAGCUUGAGGACAUCAUGGUGAGGGGGCGCUCUUAUACUACACCAAGGCACUUGUAGCCUACCACAGCACUUGUACCCUAUAUAGGCUAUAUACCCUAUUGGUCUUGGUCAAAAGUAGGGGAUUGGCACCAUUUCAGACACUCCCCUAGAGGACAUGGUUAGGAAGCAUGCAUUGCUUUUAUAUGCAACAGGACACGUGUAAGACAUCAGGGUGGGGGGAGGUGUGCAGUUUUACACAACAUCUGUAGCACAUCAUGCAAGGGGGUGCGAUUUCACACGCAACAUUUCACAAUUCACACGUUCUUAGAAGAUCUUUGAAUGUGAUUCUGGAUACUGGAUAGUCAAAAAAGAAUCCCUGUGGAUAAUCAUUGAAGAAAAUAAUCCCUGUGUAAAUUAGAUUAGUAAUGGUAGAUUGGUGUAUUGUAGGGCUGGGAUGUUAGUAUCGUGGCAAGGAAACAAAGCGCUAAUGUUGGAAACAAACAUCAUUAUGUUGUCAUCCAGAGUCACAUUUAUUUAUUUUCCAAGCUAUAGCACACAAUAUUUUACAUACAGCAGAUUUUUAAAGGACCAAAGAGUUUAGUCUCCUUCAGUUUUUCAUUUUUGCCAUGGAAAAAAUAUUGCAAUACUGGUAUCGUCCCGGCCCUAGUGUAUUGGCUGUGACCAAGCAGGCAGAAGCUGUCUCUUGUCUGAGGCCUGUUGUCUGUUGACAUUGGUGUUUUGUCUGUCUCUGAAGUAGAGAUUGCUGGCGUUACAACACGUCAGCUCACAGAGCACACAACCACACAGGUGGUGUCACUUUGACCCAGCUCAUACACACACACUGCCAAUACAACGGCACAAGGUCAGAGAGACUGAGCACCACAGCCAUCAAUGUUACAACAAUAACCACACACGCACCUGAGAGCAGAAUUAUUUGUUCUUUAUACCAGACCCCCACCCCAUGUAUCAGGACACAGGCGUCAGUUAGUCAGGGACAGGAAGUGUAAAGUACAGCUGUGGAGGAAGUCGUGUUUGUCCUUUGAGGCUUUGUUAACAUCCACCCACCCCUUCUUCCCCCCUGUCCUGUUACCUUGUCUCCUGGGAACUCUCGUGUCAAAGUUAACAUACAUAAUCGCUAUGCUCCUGAAGUCUGGUCUACUCUGUAUUGUUGGAUUCUAGUUCCAGGAUGCUUCUAUGUCUAUAACUGUAUCAGGAUAACCCAAACCACUACCAACCUCUUUGUCCCUCUGCUCUCCAGGACACCAUCAAUAGUGUUAAAGCCCGGCUGGGGAAGAGCCUUCAGAUCCAGACAGUGCUCAAAGCGUUCGAGGCCCGCGACCGCAACCUCCAGGAGUCCAACUACAACCGGGUCAACAUGUGGUCCAUGACCAACCUUCUGGUGAUGGUGCUGGUGACGGGGGUGCAGGUCUACCUCAUCCGCUCGCUGUUCGACGACAAGAGACACACACGCACGUAACACCCCCGCUCACUGGGAGGGGUCAGGGAGAGACGGGCAGCUCUGUCUGGAUCAGCCAGCAUAUAGGGAGUGGGGACUGGUGGUGAAGAUGAGACUAACUCAUAGGUUUUUAUGUACAACACGCACUCACAUACA